AUGAGAAAAAUGAUGUCAGUAACACGAUAUUAUAUAUCAGUAACUAUGAAUGUAAUAAAAAUGUAUAGGAAUAAUUCAUUACUGCAUUUCUUUUUGUUUCCGAGCUUAUUAAUAUUUGAAAUAUCCUUAGUAAUUUUACAAACAAAAGACAACAUCAAAGAAACUGGUAUUAAAAAGGAAGGAAGACUAUGUCAGAAAAAGACAAAACUGUCAUUCACUCUCAAUCUAGGAUAUUAUAUGGAUGGGUAGAACAUAUUAGGGAACAGUUCAAAUGACCUCUAGCAACUCUCCAGUUACGCUUUUUUCUAACCGACUUGAAUAGUUGAUUGACACAAAUUUACCAACUUCUAACGAUGUCGAAAAGGUUAUGGGUAAUAUGAAACGUGAAAGAACACUAGGCUCUGGUCACUUAGAUCUAAGCAAAGGUGGGAAAUCGAUCUAUAUGAUAUUCAAACUUCAUCGAUCGAGGUAUUUAGGACAUGUAUUACAUAUAUCUAACCACCACGUAUUUCGACGAACGACUAAACGAAAUCGUCGCAACAGUCCAUGAAGUUAUUGACUGUUGGUCUGAGGCACAUAAGUUGAUUCAGAGUAUCUGGUUAGGGUCCGCGUGAUAACCGAGAUCAGUGGUUGGAGAAUUCGGACGAAAUGACUCAGGAUCAUUUGUUAACAUGUGAGUCUAUCAUGAAUACGUUACAUAACUAAGUUUUAUAAACCAAUUGGUUUAUUUAAAAUAAAUGACUUGAUGUGUAACAAAUCAUAUUUAUUGGUUAUACAAAAUAUAUAUGAUGCAAUGGGGCAUCAAGAAUACUCCACAGAAACUAUUAUGUUUAUUUGGAAGUACCUUCACCUGGUGGUAUAAUAGGAAUGAGAAAAAUUAAAGUUCUAGAAUAUCAAAAAUUGUACUAAUGUGUGAAUUGAUCGACUAUUUAUAAGUAGGCUUUUACAUUCUCUUGUUGACCGUUUAUUGUAACAAUCAUCUGCUCAUUGAUUUACACGUAGUGACCUUAAAAAUAGCACAAAUAUUAAUUGUUAAAUAGGUAAGUAAAUAAACUUUGUUGUUCACCUAGAUUUGUUGUAUAAAGUCUGUAUCGGAUUUGUUAGACUGACUAGUCAAAUUGAUUUUUGAGUAGAGGAACAUAUUAUGUAGACAGCAGUUAAAAAUAAAAGAAACAAUAAAAAUGUGCAAAAAGUAUUUUCAGAAGUGAAAUAUCGUUGUAAUAUUUAAGUUUGACUGUUGUUCAAAAAUUAAGGAAGGAAAUACUCAUCUGAAUGGAGGUGACAACAAUCAGUAAUUGUAACUCAUUAGAGAAACGUGUAAUGAUAUGAUUAGCUUAGAAGAAAAAGUUAAACUUACUUCCGAAGAAAAUAUCGGUUUAAAAUCUUACAUUGAACGUAUGAAUAGUGAAUGCAUGGAACUCAAUGCUACUUUGUUUGAAGAAGCAAACAGAAUGGUCCAUGAAGCCUUAUCUAAAGAACAUUAUGCCGUUAGACAAGCCAAAGAGAAAGUUCAAGAAAAUGAGAUACUUCAAUCGGAAGUUCGUGCAUUAAAAUUAUUGGUUGCUGAAUUAUCAUCAAGUAUAACAAAUCAAAAGAUUAGAAACUCUUUAUAUAAUACAAGGAUGAAAUACGAUAAUAUAGCUUGUAAUAAAUCACCUGAAAUUCAUCGUAAAUUGGGUACAGGUAAUCUUUUGGAACAGAGACGAAAUAAUGCUAAAUAUGGUGGAUUAGAACAAUUCAAUAGACGUGAUCUCUUAACAGCAAUGAUUACACACAGACCAUGUAAAAAUAAUUUAGAUGUUGAUACAUUUGAAGAAUUUCUAGAAUGGAUACAAAAUGAUUGUCCAUUAAAUUUACCUAUGAUAGCAUUUACAGAAUUAAAUGAACAAUUAUUAUGUCAUCAAGAAAACACAAAGAAAGGAGAGAUAAAAGAAUAUACUAGAAAAGAAAUCAAUGGACGAGUGACUAAGAUUAAUAUACCUGAUCAAAUAUUAGACAAAACAGUUACUAAUAAUCAGACAGAUGAAAACAUUAAUAUUAAUAAUAAUAAUGAAAGGAAUAAUCAUUUAACUUUAUCCAAUAGUUUUGGUGUACACAACUCUGUGAAUGAUAUGGAAAACAUUCCAAAUAGUAAUAAUAACUAUGAUAAUAAUGCUAAAAGUCAAGAGUCUAAUCAUUCUGUUCAUAUAAUCAAAACAACUGAUGUUCUAUUAAAAAAUUCAACUGAAUCAAAUAAUCAUGACACUAUUAAAGAAAUUUCAAAUGCUUCAAUAAACAAUCAUAAUGAUUCACAAGUUAAAACUGAUGAUAAAUAUUUUUCACCAAUAAUCAUAAACUGUGUUAAAACAAAAUCAUCAUUCAAUUCAAAUUAUUUUCCAUUGGAUAAACCUUUAUCAAGAUUUAUAUACCGUUUAUAUUUGCAAGAUAUAAAACCUUGUUUUGAAUUUAUUGAUAAAAAACUUAUCUCUUCAAUUUAUCAAGCAUUACCGGAAUUAGGUUUAGAAAUUACACCAAUUACACCGGAAUUAGGCGGUGGUUUACGCCGGAAUAACAACAUAAAUGGUGGUGAUAAAACAAUAAAACUUGUUCAUGAAUACUGCUCAUUAAUGCCAAAAUAUGAAGCUGUGUUUCGUAUGAAAAUCAGAGUAAGCUGAAUUGUUAAGAAAUUAUUUUCUCAGUAAUCUACCGACCUGACUGAUUUAAAGAUUCAUCAAAGAUAAGUAUUAGUAGCGUCAUUUUUCAUAAUUUGAAACAUAUCAUAACAUAUGUUACUGGAUGUUUGGUUGAAGUCACAUGAUCUAGGUCACACAUUCUAUGUCAGUAAUUAAAAAGAAAUAUCUCAAAUCUAGAAACCACAUUUUUAUCGACGGCAACUCUACUGAAACACUCAGAUGCCCAGUCAAUUAUAUAUAUAUAUAUAUAUAUAUAUAUAUAUUUGUCGGUGUGUAUGGGGUAGAAGAACUAGGUCAUCUGCAAAGUCCAAAUCAUCUAGUUGCAUCCAACCUGUCCAUUGUAUUCCGUGCUUCCCCUCAGAUGUCGAGGUCUUCAUAAUCAAGUCGAGAACCAGAAGAAAGAGAAAGUGGGAGAGUAAGCAGUCUUGUCUGGCUCCCGUCCUUUUUCGAAAUGUGUCUCAUCUUACAAGUGCCUUACUUGAUUCUUUGGACAGCAUCAGAGCAACUCCCUGAGUGUGUAGAGCAUUUUCUUCCUCAUGACCACAGUACAAUAGCAUCUCUCUUGAAUCUAUCCUUUCGAAUGCUUAUUUUAGAAAUCCUUUUUAUAGUAUGUUGGUUAUGCAACAGUAAUAAUAAUGUAAACAAUAAUAAUUUACGGAUAACUUACUGUUUACCUUUAAAAAGCUGAUAUAUGACAUUUUAUGUUUUUUUUCUAUUUCCUACAUUAGACACCUGAUUCCAAUGAAAUCGACUGUAAAAUAUCAUUACCAGCAAGAGAUAGACUAGUUGCAAUUGUCAAUCUAUUUCAAUACUUAAGUAUAAUAAAACGUGGUCUAGAUUCUAGUCCGAUGAUUAGUAUUAAUAGAAAGAAUGAUAAUCACUUCAUCAAUUUAAAGAAUUGUAAGAAUUAUCACAAUAAUGGUAAAGAAGCCAUCACAAAGGAAGUUGAGAUACAAGAACAACAAUUCCGUACAAUUCAACGACAUCGAUUAAAUAUCGCACUAGCUCGACUUGGAUAUGGAACACCAGAUUUAGAGUGAAUGCAGUUGAUUGAUAGCAUUAUUAUUACGAUGAUUGAUUCCUUUCUUGAAUUAUUGCUAAAUGUAUGAAUUCAUUCUGUAGACAUCAAGUUGAGUUUACAUACUACUUUUCCUUUUACAUUUACAUUCCUUAUGUGACUAAUUCAAUACCAUUAACAAUAAUUUCCUUGUUCCUUCUAAGACUUUCUGUCUAUAACCUUUUUUUAUACCGUUGAUUUCCACGAAACAUAAAGAAAAAUACACAUCAGGAUCAUGCGGAAUCGUUGAACACCAUGUACAUAAAUGAAUAGCUGUCCAAUUCAAAUGAAUAAAUCUUUAAAUCAUAAAUUAUAUUCCAAAAGAUUAAGAUUCAAUCAACUGAACAAUUCAAUAAAAAUAUAGAAACAAACAAUUUUUUUCAAAACGACGCUUUACACAUGUAAAUAAAUAUAAACAUACACUGACUUUUAUUUAUUUGUAUUGUUUUGUCGAAAUUAAUGAAAUGAUUAUUUUCUAUUGGAAAAUAUAAGUAGAUGUGUUUUGUUUUAAAAUACAUACAGAGUGAAUGUCAGCCGGAAAAAACAUAUACAGUGGUCUAGUUGGUUAAGCGCUUGGCGCGAGACUGAUAGGUCCUGGGUUCGAAUCACGCUAGGCGGGAUCGUGGAUGCUCACUGCUGAGGAGUCCCAUACUAGGACGAAACGGCCGUCCAGUGCUUGCAGGUUUUCCAUAAUGGUCUAGCUUUAAUUGACUCAUGAUUUCAAUCUGUGAAAUUUCCAAAAUCUCCACAAACCCCUUCUGAUAAUAAUCAUCUACUCACUAGUGACUGAAUUCAAGAGAUACUCAUGGAGUCCUAGUGAAAAGCCGUUACCAGUGGAGUUGAACCAGGUCUGUUGUGAGAUAUCAGCUCACUGAAGACAAUGGUAUACGGUGGCGCAACUUUGUGGAUUGGUUGAAGUUAGACAUUAACAGCAUUGAAUGCCGGCUCAGUGGUCUAGUUGGUUAAGCGCUUGGCGCGAGACUGACAGGUCCUGGGUUCGAAUCUCGCGGGGUGCGGGAUCAUGGGUGCGCACUGCUGAGGAGUCCCACACUAGCAUGAAACGGCCGUCCAGUGCUUCCAGGUUUUCCAUGGUGGUCUAGCUUUAAUUGACUCAUGAUUUCAAUCUGUGAAAUCUCUAAAAUCUCCACAAAUCCCUUCUGAUAGUAUACAUGUUUUAAUUAAAGUCUGGAAAAAUUGAAACUUAUCAUGAAUGAAAUCUGAAUAUUCCAAGUUUUGUUCCUGAUUAGAUUAAUCAUAACAUUUUUCAUUUCAAUCUUACUUUCGCAAAUGAUUUCAUUGAAUUUUCUUUUAUUUAUAUUCUAUUAUCAUUUAGAAUAUUUAUGUGUAUAACAUCUAGUGGAUCUAUACAAUUAUCUUGUUAUGAAAUAAAUGAUAAAAUUGUUUUGAUAUUAUCAUUUUUAAUGAAACCAGAUCUUUGUUUUACAACUCGAC